UUAAUGUGCCGUAAAACAACAACCUUCAAGGUCAGAGGUCGGCGUCUCAGCAGUCACGUUGAAAAAGUAAAAACUGUAUUUUGGGCUGGAAAUUCGCCAGAAUGGCACGUAUUCCACCAGGACUGAUAAUCAACCCAGCCCCCGGUGUACGAUAUAAAGUGCCGGCCGUAAAAAAACUCACCAAGGAACUAAUUUUGAAGGAUAAAGUGAAGUUUCAGAAAAACAGGCUUGGAGCUGCCACGUGUCUCACAGAGAUGAGCCUUAUGAUGGCCUGUUGGAAGGAAAAUGACUACAAGGAUUCGGCAUGUGCCAAGGAGAUUACAGCAUUCCAUAAGUGCACAGAAGAGGCAACAAAAGAACGGCGGAGAGUGAAGGCGGCAGAUCUGAAAGGUGUCGUACAGGAAGGACGACUGAGCAGCCGAAACAUCAACAAGUUGUUACCAAGAUUUCCUCAUCCAGUAAAACCUCACUAGCAAAGCUUACAUAAGAACAAUUUUUUCUGAAUUGUUUUAGACAGAUUUUGUUAUUACAGAAAUAUUAUUGACCCAGUAGAGAGGAAAAAAGUGCUCAAUAUAUCGGCAUAUACUAGUGUUUCUUGUUGUUUUGGAUUCUCCCACCUUUUUUGUAGGUUUUGUCAUAGAUGUGUUACUUACAUGCUGAAGCAAAGUUAAACUGUAAUUUCCAACACAAAAAUUGGACUUACCCAAAUUUUAACUGUCCAACUCAGACUUUGUCAAGAAAUGAGAGAUCCACUCCUUCUGUGAUGAACAUAGUCCAAAUACCUGUGCAGUGUAUAGUGUACAGUAAUACUAUAGCUUCCAGUUACUCAAGAGGAAAUGCAUAAAGAUUUACUAUAAGUGAAUGAGCUAAAUGAAAUAAAGAAAAAAAAAAGUUGUCUAGACUAAA